CUCACUUGAAAAAAUAAAAAAACCACGGUAAUAAAGUAAUUGAUCCCUCAUUCUUUCAUCAGACCUUUGACAAAAGUGAAAAACUGUGUGAAGCAAAUGUUUGAAGAUCAUUACACUGUUUUUCCGCAGUUAUUGUCUUGAAAACACAAUGGACCCUAAGAAGGUGAAAGGAAAGCUUGUCCACUGCAAGCUAGCUUCAUGGGGUGCUGAUUCUGUCAUUAAAGGUCUUGGAGGGAUCGGCACCAUCAUUGAAAGUGAGGUGUUUCUUGAUGUUGCCCAAAUUUACAUGGCUCCGGCAACCAUGGUGAAUACCAGCACAGGCAAAAUCAUUGACAGCUAUAUACACUCAGUAAGAUCACCAUCAGCGGUGAUAUAUAAGUCCCAAGAAGUCAAAAUCCCAGCUCCAUUUACUGCUUCAUUUUCAUCUCGAGGUCCAAAUCCAGGAUCUAAAAACCUUCUCAAGGUAUGUAUUACAGGGUUUGAGUUCAUCGUGAUCAUAAGGCCUGCUACUCAAAUGAACCUGUUUCCUGAUUCCUGAUAAACUAUGAAACAGCCUGAUAUUGUAGCACCCGGCAUUGACAUCUUGGCAUCAUACACCCCUCUGCAAUCACUAACCGGGUUGAAAGGUGAUACCCAAUAUUCAGACUUUACACUUAUGUCUGGUACUUCCAUGGCCUGUCCACACGUUGCGGGGGUAGCUGCCUAUGUAAAGUCAUUCCACCCGACUUGGACUCCUGCCGCUAUCAAAUCUGCAAUUAUGACUUCAGCAACACCUAUGAGCUCAAGGGUGAACCGUGAUGCUGAAUUUGGGUAUGGUGCUGGUCAACUGAACCCAAGAAAAGCAGUGAACCCUGGAUUAAUCUAUGACAUGGAUGAAAUGUCUUAUAUCCAGUUCCUAUGCCAUGAAGGGUACAAGGAAUCUUCAAUAGCAGUUUUAAUGGCUGAGAAAUCAGUAAAUUGUUCUGCGUUGCUUCCUCAGCUUGGCGUAGAUGCUAUCAACUAUCCCACCAUGCAGCUCCACAUGAAGAGUGAUCAAGAGCCGACGGUAGGUGUUUUCCAAAGGACAGUUACUAACGUAGGCACACCUCAAUCCAUCUACAAUGCCACCAUUAAAGCACCAAAAGGAGUGGAGAUUACUGUGAAGCCUGCCAGUCUCACAUUCUCUCCUGCCGUGCAAAAGAGAAGCUUCAAGGUGAUUGUCAAAGCAAAACCCAUGGCAAGUGGACAAAUGAUAUCAGGUUCACUCAUAUGGAGAAGCUCUCGUUACAUUGUUAAGAGUCCAAUAGUUGUUUAUAGUCCACAAGAAGACUAAUGUGUUUAGUGUACUCUAGAUAUGUACAUAGGAAUGAAGUGGCCGGUGCAUGAAAAAUGAGAUGUAUCAUUUUGUUUCUGUACAUAUUUAUAUGCAGUUGUAUAGGAUGAUUACCUCAUUAAGGAACAG